GAGCUAGCGAUGUCGGAGCUCGCGGCCGUGAGCUCCCUACUACUGCGCGUCAUCCGCGACGAGGCGCUACUUCUGGGCGGCGUACGGAGGGACGUGCAGUUCAUCUGGGAGGAGAUGGAGAGCAUGCAGGGCUUCCUGUCGCACCUGGAAAGGACGGUGCCUACCGCCGGCGAGUACAACGAGCAGAUCAUCCCGUGGAAGAACCAGGUCCGGCAGCUGGCAGAGGACUGCAACUACUGCAUCGACAUCUACAUGUCCCGCGGCAACCCCGAGAUUCAUCAUGCCAGGGGCGGCCUCCUAAGCUAUGUCUGGUGGCUUCCCUGGUUCGUGCAAAAGAUGGCCGCCCAGCAUCGCGCGGCCGUCCAGCUGCGGGAACUCAAGGACCGGGCGCGUGACAUUGGCGAUCGCCGAUUGAGGUACGCCGCUGAGAUGCCAGCAAAGGGGGUCACAUUGUCAUCAUCAGCCCAUGCGGCCACAACAUCUGUUGCUUACGAAGACAGUGAAGAAGACGAUGACGAUCAAGGCGUGGAGGUAACGACAAUGGCCGAUUCAAGAUGGGCAUUAUUGCAGUCUAGUACACCAGAAGACAACAUUAGGUUGCAGCUAGCGAAAUGGAUGAUAGAGGAUGUCGCGCGACGAGACACUUCAAAGGAGAAAUUAAUACCAUCCAUCGCCAUUGUGGCACCAUAUAAGAAAGAAGCCCUCGCUGUUGCAAAGGAAGCUUCGGCUAUGUGGGGAAAAGGUUACACACGCAGGCGCAGUGUCUUGGUCGACAUCCCAGCAGUGCACAAUUAUUCUGAGUUGCUACGAACCAAGGAUAUUCUCUACUACAUCCUGCGUGUGCUGCGGCCCACCGAAUCCAAUCCAGAAAAACAGGAUGAUCAAUUCGGCUUCCUUGAGGAUCUGCAUUCUGACAAAAUGGAAGUCUCUAUUUACUCAGAAAAAUACACGCUGUUUGAUGAAAUAGACAAAAAUAUUCAUGCAAUGAAGGUUGACAACAAGAUUGCAGGAAUCAUGAAAACUAUUGAACAAAGGAAGCACGUCCUGCUGCUGCUCCACCCCAAUGGAGAGAAUAUGGACGUGUUGGAAUCCUGUAAAGAUGAGCCCAUAGGGGUAUUCCUCCGAGCGUUGUGGAUGCUCAAGAACAAACCAUAUGUAUUUGAGUUUGAGUGUAGUACCACACAAAGCCAUGCAAGGAAGUUAACCACACAUUCGCAGGAAGAUAUUAUCAAGAAAACAGCCAACAUGCUUGAACAGCAUAUGAAACUGAAAGAAGCACAUGCAGAAUCGAUUUGUCUCACGAAAACCCAUUAUGAGCAAAUCCUACGGGAGGUGUUUUACCCUUUGAGCUUCCAAGAGUCCAGCCAAGCCACUGCAACUAGAUAUGAUGAUCAAAACAGACAAAUGUUUGGCAAGACACUACAGGAGCUGCAGGAAAAUAAAUCUGACAUUAAACUAGCAAAAGCAGAGCUGGAAGACAAGUCCAUGAAGAAAAACGAUACAGCUGCUAGGAAAUCAAACCCGGAUGCCCUUAUUGAAGAAACCAUGAUCAAGAUUCAACAAAUGCAUUCGAAGAUGAAACACAAGCUCAAGAUCAAAAGAAUCAUGGACAAAAUUAAUGACUGUUUGAAGAGACAAGGUUGUCAGGAUCAGAUACUGGUUAUCCUCAAACUUGAUGAUGACUAUGUAUCCAGAUGGGAGGAGACCAGGAAUGAUUUCAGCUUGUUGGGUGGCAUAGCCGGUGCACUGAUGCUGACAUUUGAGGUAAACAGAGCAGAAGCUAGACAGUAUUGUUGGCCGCGGCGGGAACCUAUAGAUUAUUCUCUUCUCGGCCUCUACCGUGAUACUGCACUCGAGCUUACAAAAAUGGAGAUGGCUGAAGAUAGCUGGCAGAUUCUUCAUGACAUCUUGGACAACUGCAAGUCAAAUGAAUUCUGCAUGAAGAUCUUUGUUCAUGCUUUAUAUGCCAACCCCAAGAGGAGCAGUGAAGAACUAUGCAAGUUGUGCAAAGCCCUGCAGCAGGUUUCAGAUAACUCAAUGAACAACAUUGCUAAGAAGAUGUUAAAGUUCUCUUAUAGUGAUUUGCCUAAGGAUUACAAGUUAUGCUUGAUGUACCUAGCAAUUUUCCCUCGACGACAACCCAUCAGGCGGUCUACCUUGAUAGGACGAUGGGUCGUUGAAGGGCUAGUAACCAAGGAAGACUGGGAAAGUACUGUGCGUCAUGCCAAUCAAUGUUUUGACGUGCUUGUCACCCGUUGGCUUGUUUAUCCUGCUGAUACUAGUUCUAUGGGACAGGUAAAGAGUUGUGUGAUAGGUGAUCAAGUCCAUGGAUUCAUUACUAAGAUCGCCAGAAAACAUGGCAUUUUAGGAAAACGCCUGUCACAUCACUUGGCUCGCUACUUCUCCAUUUUCAACCAUCUCCGCCUCCGUAGCUCUGAUAGGAUUGACAAAUUCUUCUCAAAGCUCUUUGAAGAAUCAUCGCGAGUAUCCCUGAUAAAAGUGUUAGAUCUAGAAGGUUGUCAAUGCUUUGGUGGGAAGAACCAACACUACCUCAAGGACAUCUGCAGCAAGAUGUUACUGCUGAAGUAUCUAAGCCUAAGGGGGACAAAUCUUACCAAGCUGCCAAGUGAAAUCAACAACCUCCGUGAGUUGGAAGUAUUGGAUAUCCGACAGACAAGGGUGCCUGCAGCUGCAACAGUACAUGUCAUACUCUUGAAGUUGAAGCGUUUGCUGGCUGGCUCGGUUGUUAUGAGUUCAGGGCCAAGCAAUAAUGAAGUAUCUUACGUUAUGGUUCCUGACAAGAUCGAAAAGAUGACAAAUAUGGAGGUAAUGUCCAAUGUCAAGGCACGAAAUAGUAAUGAUUUGAAGGAUAUUGGCAAGCUAUGGCGGUUGAGGAAGCUUGGUGUGGUUAUUGAGCAGAAGGACAAACUCAUCAGGAAUUUGCUUCAAACUAUCUGUGACCUGCAUGAGUGCCUCCGCUCUCUGUCAAUCACUCUUCCCAUAACUGGAGAAGACUCUUCUGAAGAUAAUUCUCCCAAGCUUCUUUCCUUUGAGGGACAGUGUCCCAAGAUUCUGGAGAGCCUAAGCAUUCGCGGAACCGCAGAAACGGGUCAACUUUUUCAGUUGUUGACCAAAGAUGGUGACCAACUUCAACUUGCCAAGGUAACUCUAUCUGGUACUCGACUAAGGCAGGCUGAUCUGGAGAUCCUCGCCAAGCUGCCCAAAUUAGUCUGUCUCAGGCUCCAAGACAGGGCAUACAUCGAUGACAAGCUCAGUUUCAACAAGGAGAAAUUUAAGGGUCUCAAGUGCUUUCUUAUUGAGGGUUCCGAGAUAACUGUCCUUAGCUUCAAUGGUGGAGCUCCUAAACUCGAGAAGAUCAUUCUGUCGUCCACUGAUGGCCUACAGUCUCUUUCUAGAGUCGAAGACCUUCAUGAACUGAAGGAAGUCGAGUUGAAGAACAGCAAUAAGCUAUCAUUAUCAUUAUUUGAAAAGGCGAAAAACAUCUCCAAGGUGACUCUCUGUCGUACCAUUCUUUGUCAAGAUGAGGUGGAGAUUCUUGCCAAGAUGCCUAACAUGCGCAGCCUAGUACUCAAGGAGAUAUCUUAUGCACAGAGCCUGCUCAUCUUCUACAAAGACGACUUCCCAAGGCUCAACCUUCUAACCAUCGACUUUUCUGUCAUCACCUGUAUUGGCUUUACUACCCAAUCUGCUACUAAGCUUGAGAAAAUCAUAUGGUCCUACAGAAAGAGUACACUACUCUCCGGCAUUGACGAGCUUCCAAAACUGAAGGAGCUCGAGUUCAAUGGUGAUUUUGUCCCCGAUGAGGUGAUAGAUGCAUUGAAGAAACACAAGAACAAUCCCAAGCUUAUACACAACAAACCAGAAAACCAGGAAGCGGGAAACAUACCAGAAAAGAAAGAUGCUCCAAGAUUCCCAUUAUUCUGGAAGAAAGAGGAUUGACGCUGCAGGUGCCCUUCCUAUCAUCCGUUCAUCAUCAUCGGCUCCCAUCCCAUCGUGUGGUUUGUACGUGCUCUUUGGUUUGCCAUUGUGUGUUACUGUCCGCCGUACAUGUGUGGGCAGAUAUAUUAUGUAUCUAUAUGUAUGUGGAUUAAGUGAGUGUGUGCCCCUGCUACUUAUUCUACAUGUGUGUCCUAUAACUAAGAUCGAGCACAGGUAAUGGUGUGUA